UCUGGUGCCCAGACUUUUUCAAUAAAAAAAAGUCUUAAAAUCAUAAUCUUGAGUUGAGUGGAGAGAGAGAGAGAGAGAGAGAGAGAGAGAGGACAAUGGCGAAGGUGGAGAGCAGUAGCAUAAAUUCGAGGUGGUGUCUCACGGGAUUGACCGCACUCGUCACCGGUGGCACUCGUGGCAUUGGGCACGCAGUUGUGGAGGAACUAGGUGAAUUAAGGGCUCAAGUGCACACAUGUUCCCGCAACGAAGCAGAGCUGAGUGGUUGCUUACAAGAAUGGGCCUCUAAAGGCUUUACCGUCACUGGUUCUGUCUGCGACGUUUCUUCUUCAUCCCAACGACAACAGUUGCUUGAUAAAGCCUCCUCUCUCUUCGAUGGCAAGCUCAACAUUCUUAUAAACAAUGUUGGCACAAAUAUCAGGAAGCCAACUAUUGAGUAUACAACUGAAGAAUACUCCGUGAUUAUGGCUACCAACCUUGAAUCUGCUUUCCAUCUUUGCCAACUUGCAUACCCUUUGUUAAAAGCAUCCAGAGUUGGAAGCAUUGUGUUCAUUUCCUCCGUUGCUGGUCUGGUGCAUAUUGGUUCUGGAUCUAUUUAUGGAGCCAGUAAGGGUGCAAUGAAUCAACUUACAAAGAAUUUGGCUUGUGAGUGGGCAAAAGAUAACAUUCGAUGUAACUGUGUUGCACCCUGGUAUAUCAGAACCUCACUCGUAGAACAUUUGCUGGAAAACAAAGAGUUCCUGGAUAAAAUAAUAUCUCAAACUCCUCUCAGACGCCCUGGAGAGCCCAAGGAAGUAUCAUCCUUGGUGGCAUUUCUUUGUAUGCCUGCUUCGUCUUACAUCACCGGGCAGAUUAUUUCCGUUGACGGAGGAAUGACUGUUAAUGGUUUCUCAGUUAAUUAGGGGGAGAAGACAAUGGCAAAAUUUUGAUAUCCUCAGUACUCAAUGUGUGGAGUGAUAUCAAAUGUUUAUAACGUCUCCUUUAUGAUUUGUUUGUCUGAAUUGUUUUGUUUUCUUAAUGAACUUUUUGCUUCAAAACUAUGUUAUUCGUGGCUGUCAAGAUGAAAUGGCGUAUUUUCGAAGUUUUGUUCACCCUGGUCAAUAAAAAAGAUGACGUCUGUGGUUGGUUAAGUGA